AUGAUCGAGCAGCAGCUCCUUCAUCAUUCUAGCGGUGUACGCCGCUGGGGUGGGCUGACUGCUCAGGGCCCAUCGGUCUACAGAGACCGCCUCGAGGACAAGGUGAAGCAGGCCAAGCUGGCGAGUGUUUUCAUGGUGGCGGACCUUCGUAAGGAGUCACGUUUGCUCUAUCUGCGUGUGGAGAUCGCAACGAUGCCCAUGACGCGGCUUUGCUUCAACCUCUCCCUGCAUCCGGUGACUCGAGGGUGGCUCCUGGGCCACUUCCUCAUCCUACUGUGCAGGCAGACGGAGCCCGAGGCCUCGUUGGAAUCCCUUCCGCCCCCUUGCCUCUUUGAAGGACUGGAUGGGCCCCAAUCCCAGUCCAAGCAGCCACACCGCAGUCCGCUGGAAGUUCAGUCUGUGGGCUCGCAGAGAGUCUUGGCCAUUUUGGCCUACUUACUCCGCCGAGUCCCCCAGUGCGGGGACUUCUUUGCACGGAAGCUGCAGAGCGAGCCUUGGUUAAAGGCUUUUCAUGCACCACAAUGGUCGAGUGAUCGUAGCAAGAAGUCGCGGGGAGAUGUCUCGCUCUUGCAAGGGAUUGCAAUAUCAGAUUUGCCGGGCCACUGCGCAGUGAAUCUUCUCAUGCAGCUCGUGAACACGAGACUCUACUUGUCUUCCUCCCGACACGCGGCAUGGCUUCUCUCCGUCUUGCAUGCGCUGCUGGUUCCGCAGCCGGCCCUGAGCUCCUCCAAGGACUCGGAAGGUUCUUUCAGCGAGGGUCUGCCUCAGACAGCGCCCGCCCAAGCGGCGCCCGCCCCGGCCAGCGCGGCCGGCGAGGCCACUGCCGCGACCGUUCCGGCCAGCGCCGCGGCCGCAGAGGAGACGCAAGAGACGCCCGGGUCACAGCGGUGGAGCAAGAUCAUUGAGGACAUGCACACGGCCCUGUCCCAAAAGAGCGUGCUGGCUCUUUGCCACUUCCUUUGCCAUGCCGGCAGUGGCCACGGCUCGAGCAGUGAGGGUGAUGCAUUCCAACUGGCAGGGGAUAUCCUCGUGGCCCUAGCAGCUUCACGUACGCACCUAGACACCGUAAGGUGCGAGUUGAUGCAGGUCCUGGCCACCCUGGUCACGGACAUCGAGCGAGCUCUUCAGGAGUGCGAGGCGGCCGCCGCAGAGCCCUCCACGAUCGAGUCGCGCUUCCUUCGCGUGGUCAGGACGUUGACCGAAGUUUUCCGGGAGGCCUCAAAGUCAGGGCCGGACCGAAGCUCUAAGCCGGAGGGCUUCAUGGAGGAGGCCCGUGUUGAAAAUUUGUGGGAUGCCCUGGACCGCACAUUGGAGCGCCUGGAUGACCCAGAGAUGUCAGCCACGCCAGCGCAGAAGCUCCUAUCCUCCGGUGAGGGGGGAGAUGCAGGUUCACCUGAUAACAGCCAGUCGCCUCCGAAGCCGUUGCUGAACCGGCUGCUGCCGCUCAUCGAAGCCUUCUUCGUGCUCCAUGGCCACAUUACCGAGGAAGCGGACAAGGCCCCACGACCGGAGGAACCGCUUCAGAUGACCGAGGGUGGCUCCUCCUCAUCUCAUCCGGGCAAAGUCCCGUCACCAGCUCAGCUGUCACGGCACGUUUUUGCCGAGUUCCACGAGCAGUCUGCAGCAGAGAGAUCUCGCUUCGGCCAAUUCUGCAAGAAGCAUCGGCGUCCGUUGAAUGCGCUGCUGAAACAGACACCUUCGCUUCUGUCGAAGUCUUUCGCUCCAGUCCUUCAGUAUAUGCCGACCUGUCUGGACUUCGACAACAAGCGGGCCUAUUUCAGGUGCGGCGCAUCCCUUGUGGUAAGUGUGGGGACGCUUGGCAGCCCCUCCCCCUCUGCCAGGGCGCAGCUGCGGUCUCGGAGGCUAGAAAGUCGGUAUCAGACCAUCCGCUUACGAGUCCGUCGAAACGAGAUUUUCAUGGACUCAUACCACCAACUCCGGAUACGGACUGGUGAGGAGAUGAGGGCCAAGAUCCAGGUUCAAUUCCAGGGCGAAGAGGGCAUUGAUGCCGGGGGUGUGGCCAAGGAGUGGUACGGAGCGCUGGCCAGGGAAAUUUUUAACCCCAACUAUGCCCUCUUUGUGCAGGCCGGUGGCAAGGCUUGCACUUACCACCCGAAUCCGAUGUCCUAUGUCAACAGAGACCACCUCCAGUUUUUCCACUUCAUUGGCAGGGUGGUUGGCAAGGCCAUUCAUGAUGGCCAGAACCUGGAGGCCUGGUUCACCCGAGGCUUCUACAAGCACAUGCUGGGAAAGAAGGUGAUCCCCGCUGAUCUGGAAGCCUUUGAUCCCGAGUACUUCUCCAAUUUGAAAUGGAUGCUGGAUCAUGCCAGGGACAUCACAGAUAUCAUCGAGCUCACCUUCUCCGCGGAAAGCGAUGAGCUGGGGCAGAUCAAAGUGGUCGACCUCAAGCCUCAGGGCAGAACGUUGCCCGUAACCAACGAAAACAAACAUGAGUACAUUCAACUCAUGUCGGAGCACAAGAUGACCAACUCCGUCAAGCAGCAAAUAGAGCACUUCCUCAAAGGCUUGCAUGAGAUCGUCCCUCCGCAGCUGCUGUCGUUGUUUGACGACAAGGAGCUGGAGCUUCUCAUCUCGGGCCUGCCGGAUAUUGAUAUUGAGGACCUGAAGCAGAACACCGAGUAUCACAACUAUACGCCGCUGUCGGAUCAGGUCCAGUGGUUCUGGAAGGUCUUGAGCGAGUUUACGCAGGAGCAACGAGCGUGGUUCCUGCAAUUCGCCACUGGAACCUCUCGAGUUCCGGUCGAAGGCUUUAAGGGUCUGGUGGGCAUGCGAGGGCCGCAGAAGUUCUCGCUGCACCGAGCAUAUGGUUCAGAUCGGCUCCCAUCGGCGCACACCUGCUUCAACCAGCCGCGACCUUGUAAGGGAGAGCCACAAGUCCUCUCCUUUAACAACACUGUAGUGUCAAUGUGCUCCUUGUCAAAACAGUCAUGUAUUCUCAGCCAAGAGUUCUGCGAGAUUCUGGGAUAA